AGGGAAACAAAAAUGGAAAACAGCCCUGAAGAAGAUCGAUUCGUGUCCAAGGCACAAGAAGACCCAGAUGUAUGAUUUAACAGGAAAGAAGAUACCCUGCUUGUGUGGCUAUCACGAGGACAGCACUCGUAAGACUGGACCUAGUCAGUGCAACGGGAGUUGCUGCGACUACUAACACUAAAAGUCAAGCGAUGGUUACUUUGUCAACUUCCACAUCCACAACAGCUCAAAUUGCGGUCCACACUAUAACAACUGACACUGGCUUAUUGGCGUCAGUAUCUGGAAUUCCUGUAGUGGUAUCAUCAGCUGGACCUUGUGUAAAUCCGUUAACAGCUGUAACUCUCGUUUUGUCGCCAACAGCUGUACCACGUGUAGCGCCAUCAACAGCUGGAUCUGGUGUAGUGUCAUCACCACCUGAACCUUGUGGGACAACGAUAACAUAUGAACCUCGUAAACCUGUGCCAUCAAAACCUGGAUCUCGUGUAGUAACACUGUCAACAGCUGGAUCUCGUGUAGUAGCGCCGUCAACAGCUGGAUCUCGUGUAGUAGCGCCGCCAACAACUGGAUCUCAUGGGGCACAGAAAACAGUUGGGUCUCGUGUAGAGCUCCUGGCAGCUGGAACUCGCACCCUAACGUCAACAGUUGGUCCCUGUUUAGCGUCGUUUACAUCUGGAACUAACGUCUUGACGUCAACAGCUAGAUCUCGUGUAUCUGUGUCAACAAUUGGAACACAUGUAGCGUUGUCAACAGCAGAUACAAAAUCGUUGGCAUCAACAACUUCCGUGUUGGCACCGCUAGUUAAACAAGAUAGCGAUAAAACACCUCUCAAGUGCAGCCAAUGUAACAGAUGGGUAACAGUUGACGAAUUCACUCAGCAUUUGUUGAAUUAUCACGCUGAAGUCUCAUGUGAUACUUGCGGAAAGAAAUUCCGAGGAGAAUUUGCUCUAUUUCAACAUAUAGAGGAAACUCAUGUGCAUUUACCUUUAAUUUCUUCAGCCACUUCAACAGUCAUUACAGAAGCCGUACCAAUCAUGUCGCCUCCAUUACCAAUAGUUUCAAAGUCCGUGAGCGUUCCAAAAUGUGACUCUCCUGGGAUUGGUACAAGUUUGCCUAUUACAAACUUCCAGGAUGUUUUACCUCCGCUAACAGUCACAUCACCAUUAGAUAUAACCAGACCACAGCCUGUUUCCUGGGAGAGUUUUCUUCCAAAACAGUUUAAGAAUGUUUUACAAAAAGGAGAUCUGAAGUGGGUAGCGCAAUGUAUAUAUGACAGUGCAGGGAAGUUGAAAGCCACGUUUGAACAGAACUGGUACCUACCACCAGAACCAAAGUGGUCGGCACUUCAACCGCCUGACCCAUACAGUUACUUUAGACAAAGACUGUUUGUAUGGGCUCCCAUGCGUAUGUGGGGUAUUCCACUGAAAUGUCCUACCUGUAAAAUCAAACUUGUCCAUGGGGGAAUAUAUCCAAAGGCAAGAGAGGUGAUAGACAUUGACAGCAGAUACUAUCUGGUUGGAGAAUACCUGCGAUGUAGCAAGUGUAAAAUGCCGCAGUGUCCAUGGAGUUCAGACAAGCUGACGCAGCUGGAUAGUGGUCAUCGAAACGUUUUUCCAGCCAUUUUAACAACCAGACUUGCUCUAGAUAGAAAGUGUGUAAGCUUUAUGAAACCAAGGACACUUGGAAACAGUUCCAGUUAUCUAAAACAGGCGGUCGAAGAGAUCCAUAGCGAAGACUGGGGAAGACGUGCCAUUCAGUACAUGUCAGCAUGUGAACUUCAUCAAAAGGGAUGCAGGCUGACCGGGAACAGUAUAAGUUAUCAACCACCUCCCUCGUACAGACCACUUCCACUGGCUCAAUGGUUCGAAACUGUGCAUGCAAACGAAGUUCUACUGCAUGCGUCUGAGAUGAGAGGAUCCAUCACUUCAACGUAUGGAAAAAUCCUCAAGCUAGAUUCUACUAAAAAGGUUACAAAGAAACUGGCCGGAGGAAUUGAAGGUACCGCGGCAUGGAUGACAAAUGUUUCCAAUGAAAUCGGUGAAGUGUUGAAUUGUGUAUUAACUACUGGAGAGGGUGCUGGCCUAAUGGAGUUAUGCCAAGGCUUAGUGAAGCGAUACAGAGACGCCGAUGAACCGGAACCUCUGGUAAUAUACGUUGAUAGAGAUUGUUGCAGCGAUUCAGGAGUAGCCCCUGUCUUAAGAUUGUUCCAGCCUUGGGAGUCUGAAGUUCGGCUCGAUACCUACCAUUUUAUGCGUAGAUUCACAAGAGGCCUUACGACAGAACACCACCCACUCUACGGGACCUUCUGCUCAAAGUUGUCGAGCUGCAUCUUCGAGUGGGACAAGGGUGACAUCAGCAUGCUAAGAAGGGCAAAGAAGGGUGAACUAAAAGAUAAAUUUGGCCGUGUACCCUCGGAAGAGCAAAUAUCUGCACAUAUAACAACCGCUGAACUUGCCAGGCAUUGCAGACGAAAGACCCGAGGUGUUCAAAAGACAAGAACUCUGAUUGACCAGCUCCUUAAUGCGAUGUGGGAUCUGACAGACUCAACUGGUGUCCGUCUUGUAAAUGCUGACAGCAUGAAGCAAGUGUGGGAAACACAACAAAAGCACUUGCCCUGCAUUCAAGAUGUCUCUGGAGUAGAACUUUACACAAAGGUAAACACAGUCCAAAAGGGUGGCCAGGAGCUUGAUGUCCUCCGAUGUGCAAGGGGAUCAUCUUCGUUAGAAAGCUUUCAUCGUCACCAGUGCAGUUUUAUACCAGGCUGGAGAUCCAACGCUAUGCAUACACAGAUGUACAUGUUGGAAGGAUGUUCACGGUGGAACAUCAGUCGGGCCCGUGAAGCCGUCGAUUUGUCGAGAACAUCGCAGACAACUAUGUUUGACAUACAAACUAUGUCAAACAUUAACCGACUAAGUUCGAGAGUGUUGGGAUUGCCAAUUAUUCCAGAAUUCACACCUCCCGGCGUACAUACUGGUGAACGUAUAGCGGUAGAAUAUUUGCUCUCGCAGUCUGGAAAGGGUGAACUUUCUGCAGAGAUAGAGGAGGAGAUAGGGGCUGUUUUACCAGCUCGGAUUGAAGAAAAUACCGAGGAUGAACUUCUAGAUGUCACUAUCUGCGAAGUUAUCGAUAUUGAGCCAACAUUCAAAUUUAAAGGCUUAAUACCUGUGUCCACAACUACAACAGAAGGACUACAAAAAAAAAUUCAUCAAGAAACUACACCAUCAGAGCAAUCAAUUACAAUCACACCAGUUUCAAUUUCAACUGUUACAACAACUGAACAACAAGUGCCAAUAAUUGUUGUACCAACAGUAUGUCCGCCACCAAAAGAACAAAGUCAUUCAACACGGCCAGUCAGUCCACCAGCAAAAGAACCAAAUUCAAUCAGUCAAACACAAGUGGAACAAACAGCAUCUCCAUCCUCUAUCUCUACAGAAGAUAUACCUCUUCCAUCAGAUGGAAGUGAUAGUGACAGCAGUAUACCACUUGGCUCAGCAGAGCAGAGAACAAGGUAUGAUACCAGAGGUAAUCCUGGCUGGGAGGCUGUUGACAAUCUUGCCGCUUACCUUGUUGGUCUCAACAGGUCAAUAACAGCUUUAUCAAUCAGCGAGUCAUCUGAGAUUGUACGCCUUUAUGGAAAACUAAAUCAAAUGGACAAGUCGACACAAAAGUAUAGUUUAAAGUCGAAGAAGAGUAGCUUGCAUGGACCUUGGAGGGCUUCUAGGAAGCGAAGUGGGUCAGCACCGGGCCAACAGGCCGCUGAAAGACUUUUUAUGGUACACGGCCAAGCAGCCCAGAAGCCAGACUCCAAUAGAAUAUCAGAGUGUGUUUGUUUGCGUCUCAGUAAAGAAUUCGAGCAAGCCAGAAAUAGGCCAAAAGACAACAGUGGAAAGACCUUGCCAAUUCCACAUUCCAUAGUUAAAGUCUACAGCCAUAUCCAACAGCUGCUGCAAGAUAGUAGGCAGGUUCAGAAUGAUACAAAUCUGGUGUUAGUAACAAUAAACACAACGACCGUGUCUGCAUGGCUAAACAGUAAGCAGAAGAAAGCAGACAGAGAUUCGUUGCUUCAGGGAGUUGCACUUCUACCCCAGGUAUCUGUUGCAAAGGAACCUUUACUGAAAUCAAAGGAGCGACAAACUGAACAAUCGACUCAUGGUCACAGGAUAAUGGAAUUUGAAGAGCAGCCAAAUAGAGAAGGUGAGGUGCCUUUUAGACGCAGAAAAACAACUGUUACUGCUACGGCCACUACCCCAUCACUUGCUGCUUCUACAGAAGGAGCGAAUCAGGCAAUCUCAUUCACGGGUGCACAAGACCCAUAUGAUUCAGCGACGGGUGGUGCCCCUGGUCAAAGUAGCGGUUGGGGUUGGACUGGUGCACCAGGUCAGUCUUAUGGAUGGACUGGUGCACCAGGUCAGUAUGGAGGAUGGAUGGGUCCUAAUUCUCAGUAUGGUGGAUGGGCUUAUCAACCAUGGUCAUAUUAUGGAUACCCGUGGCAACAGCCAUGGUAUCCGCAACAACCACAGCAUACUAUACCACCACCCAGACCGCCCCCACCACCGCCGUCUCAACCAUCAGAAGAGUGUUCUGCAGUUGUUCAGCCAUCCCGCCAGCGAGAGUGGAGGCAAGCAAGAGCGCUUACAGAAGAUGAGCAGCGACAUGAACGCGGUGAGCCACCAAAGAAACGCCGCUAUAUGGGGGACAAUUACCAUUAUCAAUGCACAAAAUGUGGCAAGUACAAAUCCAAACAAACUGGCCACACUCAGUUAAAAGGAAGAUGGUAUUGUCCCUCGUCAGGAGAAACACUUGAGCAAUGGAAAGAAAGAAUUAUUAAUAAGGAUUAGUUACUUUUCAAUGAAUAUUCUGUACUUUUUGGACUUAACACUGCUAAACUUUUACCAUUUAUUUCAGUUAUAUUUUAGUUGUUGUUAUAUUUUGAAAAUGGGAAAUGGCACAUAUUAGUCACCAUACCUCUGUGAGAACUCCUAGGAAUUCAAAAUUCGACCAAACCGUCUGUUUUAAGAGCUCUACGAAACACUUUUGUGAAAAAAUAAAAGAUAGUUGUUUACAUUGUUUUAGUAUGCAUUUUAGUGUUGUUGAAUUUUGCUAUUUGCAAAAUGAUAGAUAAGUGAUAGAAAAACACAAAUGUAUGAACCCCUUAUAAACGUCUUGUAUUAUUGCAAAUUCGCCGGCGAGCUUUUUGAAAGAUAUUUCUUGUUAUUGCUACAGAGGGAAGUAACAUAUAUUGGGUCUAUAUACAUAUAUCUAAAUAUUAAAGAUCUAGA